CCGGCUGGAUCUGGUUCCAGCCGAGCCGGGCCGGCCUGACAUGCGCAGUGCGCGGGGGCUGCGGCGGGCCGGGCGUUGCCGCGGGCCGCGGGCACACCUGGCGGCCUGGGACGCGGAGCGCACAGCGGCAGCCGAGAAACUUCACUUCAGUGCCUGGAUCACAGGAGCAGCAGAACAAGCGCUAAGGCUUCUGGUCACCCGUGCGCCCGAGCUUGCUGAGUGUGGAGCGGGGCCUGGAGCCUUUGUCCUGGAGCUGGGUUCUGACAAGGGCUGUGUCUCCGCCCAGACGGGGGCAGGUUCCCCGGUGCAGGGCCGGCCCCCCAGGCCUCUCUCUGUGCCAGGCUGUGGCGAGACCCGCACCUGCUCUGGAACCGAGCGGCUCGGCUCCCUCGCUGGGGCAUCCGUGCCUCUUUCUGGGAAGAUGGAGGUGAUUUGGUCGCAUGAUCCGAGGCUGACCGCAAGGAGGGCCCACCAGGGCAGCGGGCUCUAAAGGACGGGGGAGCUGACAGCCGUCCUCAGGAGGCGCCGGGCCGGGGGUUCGUGCGAGAGGCCCCGUCUCGCAAAAUCAAAGCAGGAAAAGUCAAUCUCGGAGCUCCCUCGUGGCGCAGUGGGUUAAGGAUCCGACGCCACUGCCAAGGCUCCGGUCGCUGCUGUGGUGUGGGUUCAGUCUGGCCCGCGAUUUUCCACCUGCCGUGGGCACAGUCAAAGAAAAACUUGUAAAAAAGGAGCAAUAACUUAACUACUGCCUCUGACUACGGUUCAUUGUUUCCUUCCGCUGUGGACGGUGGUAGCAGAUCCCAGCAGCCCGGCAGGGCCCGUGGUGGGCACAAGCUUGUGCCUGGUGUGGGGACAGCUCAGCGUCUCCUCCCUGAUCUGCCGCAGGGGCGUCCACGAAGCGCAGGCUGUGCUCUGGGUUCGGGUCCCCGUCCCCGUGUGUGCGCCCGUGUCUGUGUCCCGGUUCUCUCCUUAGAAGGCCGUCGGUCUGGGCAGUGUCUGGAUGGAGCAGCCCUGCUCUGCCCUGAACUAGGACCUCGGGCCCGGGGCAGCCGCCGUCCCUGUCCUCCAGGAGCUCACUUACCUUGGGCCGUGAGCUCCUCGAGGCCAGAGCCCGUGUCUGCCUCUGCACCAGCGCCAGCCCAGCGGGCACCUCCGGAGGGCACCGUGCCUGCAGCUGCCCGGCGCGCCCAGCAGCAUCCUGCAUCUCUGCACGUUGUUUGGAAUUGUUUUGGCGUUAAGCUGGGUGUUCUGCGAACAGAAGCGGGGCGGGGGGGCUUCCUAUUCCAUGUUUCUGAGCAGCAGAGGGACCUGGGCGUCACUCAGAGGUUGGGCGUUAGCCUUUAAGGACCUCACAGUUCGUUCCCGCACGUUUCGCAUCAUCAAGCGUCACUGAAACCUGGGUGUCUGCCGACGGUGCCCUCGGGCCCCGGGGAAGGGGAAGCGGGGGGACGGCUCCCGAUGUCUGCUGCCUCCCGAGCUGGGGCUCAUUACUUCCCAGUGCACAGUUGGAUUAAAAUACUGUGGGAAACA